AUACUUUUUAUGGUUGAAUCUGUCAUGGCAAUUUAUAUGCUACAUGUGUUCAGUUACCUCAAUUAAUUUUUUAUUAUAAAAAAAUAUAUAAAUAAUAAAGCAAUAAUAAUGGCUGAAGAACCAAUUCUCGACUUUGAUGUCACAAUGAAAAAAAAGAAAAAAAAGAAGAUUGUAACACCUUUUGAUCGUGACAUUGUGCCAAUAGAAGAAAACAAUGUUGAGGAAUUAACAGAAGUUCUAGCUGAUGAUGUUAAUAAUGUUGAUAGUAUUCUUAAUCUUGAUAUGGACUUUGCAAACACCAAGAAAAAAAAGAAGAAAAGAAAAGAGCUCGUUGAGUUAGUCUCUGCCCAAGAUAAUACAAAUAUUGAAAAUAAUGAAAAUGAUACUGUCGAACAAGAUGUGUGGAUUGACAAUGAAAGAGAUUACACUCAUGAAGAAUUAUUGGAACGUAUAUUUUCUAUUAUGAGAGAAAAAAAUCCAGACAUGGUUGCUGGAAAAAAACAAAAAUUUAUCAUGCGACCACCACAAGUUGUUCGUAUUGGAACAAAAAAAACUUCAUUUGUCAAUUUUACCGAGAUUUGCAAAACAUUACACAGACAGCCAAAACAUUUGCUUGAUUUUUUACUUGCUGAAUUGGGUACAAGUGGCUCAGUUGAUGGUAACAGCCAGCUAAUUAUCAAAGGAAGAUUUCAGCAAAAACAAAUUGAAAAUGUUUUAAGAAGAUACAUCAAAGAGUACAUAACUUGUCAUACAUGUAAAUCACCAGAUACUAUUUUACAAAAAGAUACACGUAUAUUUUUCCUUCAAUGUGAAACAUGUGGAUCAAGAUGUUCAGUUGCUAAUAUCAAGUCUGGUUUCCAGGCUGUUACUGGUAAACGUGCUGCUAUACGUGCAAGAGAAACAUAAAAAUAUUUUUAUUAUUGUUGAAUAAAAAUAUUUUAAUAAUGAAUAAUUAGAUUUUUUUUUAAUUUGUUUAGUGUUAUUCAUUAUUUUAACCUGCUCAUUUUACACUUGAAUAAAUAGGCUUACAUUUAUAUUAAUUUUUAUUUUUGAAAAAUAAUAAUAAUUCAUAUGAUAAAUAAACUUUAGAUACAUAUUUAA